UUACAUACUCUAGUGAGUUGUAACUGCUGUUAUUAUAUAUUUGUUGUAGUUUUUUAUUUUUAAGAACUGUUCACAAUUUUCUCUGAAGUUCUUUUUCAAUGUGAAUUAAGAAUUGUUUGCACAAACUGAUGAAGAGAUGUGAAUGAGCCAAAAUUGUAUCACGUUUUUCAGAUUUUCAAUUAUAAAUAGAGCAGGUUGCUCGUGGUUCUGCUUUCCCCACCAUGAGGGGAAUCAUCCUAGCAUUUCUGCUUGCUGUGGCGGGCUCUGAACGAUCAGAUAUAGAGCCCGUUUUUAGCCAAAGCAAAACUAUUGUAUAUGACUAUGAGGCUGUUAUUCUGAAUGGACUUCCUGAAAAUGGCUUGGUGCGGUCUGGUAUUAAAGUGAACUGCAAAUUUGAGAUCAAAUCCUUUGCUCAGAGGAUGUACCUUCUCAAGAUUCAAUCUCCAGAAAUAAAGGAGUACAAUGGUGUGUGGCCAAAGGAUCCAUUUACGCGGUCAUCCAAGUUGACAAAAAUAAUUGCUGAUCAGCUUACAAAACCUGUAAAGUUUGAAUACCACAAUGGACGGGUUGGAAACAUCUAUGCCUCUGAUGAUGUUUCAGACACUGUUGUCAACAUUUACAGAGGAAUCUUGAACUUGUUCCAAAUGACCAUGAAAAAGACACAAAAUGUUUAUGACUUGCAAGAGUCAAGCAUUGGUGGAGUCUGCCACACCAGAUAUGUUGUUCAAGAGGACAGAAGAGGAGAUCAAAUCAUUGUACAUAAGUCUACAGACCUGAACAACUGUCAAGACAAAGUAUAUAAGAAUGUCGGCAUUGCCUUCUUGGAGUCCUGCAUAGCUUGUAAACAUCUGGGGAAAAAUUUACGUGGAACAGCAACAUACACCUACAAGUUGAAGAAGAGGGAACAAGGCGCUUUUAUAAUGGAAGUUUCAGCACGGCAGAUAUAUCAUUAUUCCCCAUUUGCUGAACUCAAUGGUGCUGCUGUUAUGGAAGCCAGACAAGUAAUAACUUGGGCAGGAACCAAAGGUGGUCAGACGUAUGCACCACAGAUUCAGCUGCAAAACCGUGGUGGGCUUCAUUAUCAGGUGGCUUCUGAGGUGUACCAAAUUCCUAUCCAUCUUAUGAGAACCAAGAGCCCUGAAGGACAGAUAGAGGAAACUCUGCAACACCUGGUACAGAAUAAUCAACAGCAAGUGCACAAUGAUGCUCCACCCAAAUUUUUGGAACUUACUCAGCUUCUACGUUUAUCAUCUAUUGAAGGCCUCCAGGGCAUUUGGAAGCAGUUUUCUGGUAGACCUCAGUACAGACGUUGGCUCUUGAAUGCUAUCCCUGUUGCUGGAACAAUGGAUUCCCUGAAGUUUAUUAAGCAGAGUCUUCACAACCAGGACCUGAGCCCUCAUGAAGCAGCAGUAACAAUUACACUGGCAAUGCAAUUUGCAAGAUCCAAUCAACGUGCUUUCCAAGUUUCCGCUGAGUUGGUAAAAGAUCCAAAGAUACAGAAAUAUCGUCAAUUGUACAAAGCUGCAAUCCUUGCUUAUGGCUCCAUGGUGAAUAAGUACUGUGAACAUCUGAGUGGCUGUCCAGAGGCAGCUUUAGAGCCCCUGCAUGAUUUAGUGGCUGAGGCCCACAGCAAGGUACAUGAAGAGGAUAUCUCCCUGGCACUUAAGGCUUUGGGUAAUGCAGGGCAACCUCAAAGUAUCAAAUGGAUCCAGAAGUUCUUGCCCGGCUUUUCCUCCACUGCUUCCCAGCUCCCAGUCAGGAUUCAGACUGAUGCUGUCAUGGCCCUGAGAAACAUUGCCCAACAAGACCAACGAAAAGUGCAAGAAAUCCUACUCCAGGUCUUCAUGAACCGCAAUGCACGUACAGAAGUCCGACAGAUGGCAUCUUUGGCAUUGUUUGAGACUAAGCCAGGUCUGGCUUUAGUAACAACCAUUGCCAAUGUGGUGGUAAAGGAAAGCAAACUAAAUUUACAACUUGCAAGUUUUAUAUACAACCAAAUAAAGGCCUUGUCCAGGAGCAGAGUGCCACAUCUUGAACCCCUGGCUGCAGCUCGCAGUGUUGCCCUUAAGAUAAUGAAUCCAGCUAUUGACAAAUUAGGAUUCUGAUACAGCAAAGUUUAUCGAGUAGAUCAUUUCAAAGAUUCUCUAAUGGCUGGUGCUGCUGCCAAAGUCUACAUUAUGAAUAGUGCAAAUACCAUGUCCCCUAUGUUCAUUCUCGCUAAAAUCAGAGGAUAUGUUGUGGGAGAAGAAACAGAUGAUAUAGAGAUUGGGAUCAGAGGAGAAGGACUAGAGGAAAUGCUCAGAAAACAGAACGUUCCCUUUUCGGAGUACCCAAUGCGCAAGAAGAUGAUGCAGACUGUGAAAACACUAUUGCGAAGGAAAGAACUGCCUUCCCAAGAUCUUCUUCUGUCUGGCUAUAUCAAGAUAAAUGGUCAAGAACUUUCUUUCUCUAAAGUAAACAAAGAAGUCAUUCAAACCAUUAUACAGGCACUCAAUGAGCCAGCUGAAAGACAAACACUUGUCAAGAAUGUGAUGAACAAGCUACUUGGAGGGUUUGCUGGACAAUGGGCCCAUGCAUUGCUUGCCACAGAAGUUCGACACAUUGUUCCCACAUCUGUUGGUUUUCCUGCAGAGUUUAGCUUAUAUACUUGCGGUGUUGUCCAUGCAGCCAUCUCAAAUGAUGUAAAGGUUACUCCAACUCCAUCUUCGGGUUUUAAUGUUUCACAGCUCUUGGAAUCUCAAGUGCAACUUCGCACUGAUUUAAACCCAAGUGUAUUAGUGCAUGCAGUGGCAACUAUGGGAGUGAAUACCCACUUGAUUCAGAGUGGUCUUGAAUUCCAUGCCAGGCUACGUACAAAUCUACCUGCAAAAUUGUCUGCUAGUUUUGAUAUGAAAGAGAACAUUUUUAAAAUUGAAACAUCACCAAGCCAGCAAGAAGAUGACCUUGUUGUAGUAAGGGUUCAGACAUUUGCUAUGACAAGAAAUGUGGAAGAACUAGACACAGCCAAAAAGACACCAAUUUUGCCAAGAGGAGCAGAGCCAGACAUUCAGAAGAAACACUUUGAGACAGGAAAAGCUUCAGCAGAAGGAGCUAGCAUGAUGGAUGUGUCCUCAGAAAUUGUAUCCAAGAAAUAUGCCUAUUCUGCAGAAGUAGUACAACACCAGUCUUGACAAAGAUGUAUUGCAUCAUAUCAUUAUUGUGUUAAAGCUAGAAAUUUUGGCUUCCAAAUAUGCUUUGAUGCUAAACAACAAAAUGCUGCAUUUCUCAGAAAUUUUCCUCUUUAUCAGGCUGUUGGAGAACAUGAAUUCAAAGUCACAAUGAAACCAGCUCACACUGAUGCACCAAUUGAAAAACUGCAGCUUGAAAUCACAACUGGACCAAAAGCUGCUUCUAAGAUCAAUGCCCUGGUAAAAGUAGAAGAAAAUGAAGAUGAACAGCUUGAAAACUCAGAAGUCCAAAUAAGACUGAAAAGAAUUCUUGGAUUAGAUAAUGAGUUUAUGUUUACAAUGUAUUACCGAGGUAUGAAAAUCCCAGUGUCCAUCCCUGUUGGUCAUCAUAUGCAGCAAGAAGUCCUGCAAGCACCAACAUGGAAUAUGUUCUCAGAAGCACCACAUGUAAUUAUGGAGUCUUUGCAAGGUCAAUGUAAGGUCUCUCAAAUCCAAAUCCAAACAUUCAAUGGGGUCAACUUAGCCUAUGCUUCGCCUGAAAGAUGUUCCCAUGUUCUGGUGCAGGACUGCAGCCCUGAAUUGAAAUUUUUGGUGACAAUGAAAAACUCAAAAGACUCCACUUUAAACAAAGACAUAAAUAUUAAUCUUGGCACUUAUGACAUCGACUUAUAUUAUGUAGAGAACAAUCUGAAAAUGAAAAUAAAUGGUGUAGAGUUAUCUGAAGAAAACCUUCCAUAUAGAUCACAUGCUGAUCCAUCUGUCCUGAUUCUUAAGGAGGAAACUGGUGUGUCUGUAUUAGCCCCAGAAUAUGGCAUUGAAGCUCUUCAUUAUGAUGGUGAAAAUAUCAAGGUAAGAACUGCUAUUUGGAUGAAAGCCAAGACCUGUGGAUUGUGUGGUCGCCAUGAUGAUGAAAAUGAACAGGAGUUCCAGACACCUGAUGGUUAUGUUGCCAAAGAUGUUGUGAGCUUUGGUCAUUCAUGGAUUCUGAAUUCAGAAAGAUGCUCUGAAGACUGCAAAGUUAAGCACUCUCUGGUGAAAUUUGACAAACCAGUAGGACUUGAUGGAGAAAAUGCAAAAUGUUAUUCAGUUCGUCCAGUUUUUCAAUGUCUCAAGGGAUGUUCCCCAGUUAAGACUGCAGAGGUCACUACUGGUUUCCACUGUCUUCCUUCUGAAGCAACUCUUGACCUGGCUGAUGAGCAAAUUCACCUGGAUAAAUCUGAAGAUUUCUCUGAUAAGAUUCAAUCUCACACGGCCUGUUCAUGUGAAUCAUCCCCAUGUGCAUAAAAGACAAUGCAUUUUAUUCUUUCUCAGGAAGACUACAUAGAUUAUAUUUUAAUUUUCUAAAUACAGGGAAGCUGUUAAUACAUAAUCUGUGUACGUGCAUGAUUUUUAUUUGAGGAAUUAUCAAAAAACCCAACAAUCUAUAUGUUGUAAUAUAUUGCAUUCCAAAUAAAUAUUUGCAUUUGAAAAAGAA